AUGUCAAUCAAUGAAGGUGUAUUAGAGACAUUGAGAGCCAUCCCUAGCCUGUGUUUGGAUGGAGAGUUGAACUGCAUGGAGAAUAGUCCCUCCUCAUUGGGUGGCCGUGUUCUGUUAUCGACUAAUCGAAAGGGAAGCCACAUGGUGGCUCAUUGCUAUGCCAAUGGUUUGAUAACAGUGGAUGUUCAACAUUUUAAGUCAGAGAAAAGCUCAGACACCCUCCAUGAUGAAAUGACGACCGCUAAGAACUUGGAGGCAAAGAUCCGUGAGUCGCUUGGAGACCUUUGCAAGUACAGCAGAUGUUUGCCUGGAGAAAUAACACGAGGGGAGCUCACUCCAUAUUUUUCAUCCGGAGGUGACACCCUUUAUGAAUACGAAAACUUGAAGCUCAUGUUCGAGAAAGAUUCCAAAUUUCAGAACAUCAAAAUCUACCACAAUCCUGAAGUUGGAAAUUUCAUGUGUUUGGAUGAUGAUAUAAUGAUCGGCGAAAGUGACCUUAUUUACACGCAGACGUUACUGGGCAUCGAGCGCAACGAUUUCCGGGAUAAAACUGUUUUGAUUCUAGGGGGAGGAGACGGGGGAAUAAUGUAUGAAUUGCUGAAAGAGAACCCCAAACACGUGCUAAUGGUGGAG